GGGCGCCUCCCUUUGGGACUCGUCAUCACGUGACAGGUUCCUUCGCUGGCUGGGAUUCAGGAGAAGGCAGUACCGUCCAUUGCAGACAGGCAGCGAGAAGGCUGAUCGCAGUGCACCGGGUAACAGCGGGGACAAGAGACAGUCAUCAUGUCGGGCAAGGACAGGAUUGAGGUUUUCCCAUCCAGGAUGGCACAGACCAUCAUGAAAGCACGAUUGAAAGGAGCUCAAACAGGACGCAGCCUUCUGAAGAAAAAAUCUGAUGCUUUAACCAUGCGUUUUCGACAGAUCCUGAAAAAAAUUAUUGAGACCAAGAUGUUAAUGGGAGAGGUAAUGAGAGAAGCUGCUUUUUCUCUUGCUGAAGCAAAAUUCACAGCAGGAGACUUCAGUACCACUGUUAUCCAGAAUGUGAAUAAGGCGCAAGUUAAAGUGAGAGCAAAGAAAGACAACGUAGCAGGGGUAACCUUGCCUGUAUUCGAGCAUUAUCAGGAAGGCGGAGAUAGUUAUGAGUUGACUGGUCUUGCUAGAGGCGGUGAGCAGCUGGCCAAACUGAAGAGGAAUUAUGCAAAGGCUGUAGAGUUACUUGUAGAAUUGGCCUCUUUACAGACUUCAUUUGUCACCUUAGAUGAAGCCAUAAAAAUCACGAACAGGCGUGUUAAUGCCAUAGAACAUGUGAUUAUACCCAGAAUCGAACGUACAUUGUCCUAUAUUAUUACCGAACUUGAUGAGCGUGAGAGAGAGGAGUUCUAUAGGUUAAAAAAGAUUCAGGAAAAAAAGAAGAUAAUAAAAGAUAAAGCUGAGAAGGAGCGUGCUGCAUGGGUUGUUAAAGAAAGUUCAGAACCAGCCAAUCUGCUUGCAGAAGACCGUGAUGAAGAUUUAUUAUUUGAUUAGCUGUUCACAGUUGUCUUAUUCAUUGUUGUGUAAAAGUUCUAAUUUUAUGAGCCAGAAGGACCUGCCAAAGAGCAGGUAAUACAUUUUAUUGUGCAUCAGUUUGUUGUUGCUGCCAUUUAAGUAUUUCUAAAGAUCAACCUGCUGAAUUAUGAACGUGUUCCCUAAAGCAAUAGCAUCCUGGCCUUUAAAUGAUUUAACUUAUUUGCAUGUUUGUCUUUCCAAUGUUCUAGAUCUUACAUUAAAUUGAAAUUGUACCAGCUAUCUAAUGAAUCAUAAUAGUUAGACUUACAUGUAUUUGUUGUACACUGUAAUGUCAAUCCCAAGGCUUUCGUUUGUGGGGAAAUGGUUGCACAAACAUUCCAAUAGAAAUCUUACCAUAUAGUAAUUAAUUGACAUGUUUUGUUUUCUCCUUAUAAAACACAAAUGCUAAAUAAAUGUACUCAAUUUAA